AUGGAUACGACCCCACAGCUGAUGAUGUGCAAGCUGCAUCCGCCGAUCACAACAAAAUUGCAAGGCACUUCCACUGUCACAGACCCAUUUCCAUGCUUAACCAAACAACAUCAGUUCCGCGCAUCAUAUGGAAAAGAGAUUCACUACCAGCGUCUCGCCCUGGAAAGCCGAAAGGCGUGGGUUUCGGAGGACGAAAAGCGCGAAUCAACGGAACAAGACGACGACAGAAAUGUCGGACUGUUUGUUAAUAGCAGAAUGCUUCGUAUACAGCCGUCCGACCAAUUGGACGCCCUAGAGAAGGAAACUCUAGCCAACAUGCAGCGUGCUGGUCUACGGGAUACACAGUUUGUCAAGAGUGACCCCGCAGACUGCAAACGGGCUGAGAAGCUGGGUUGGAAAGAUAAGAUACUCAAUUUCCAUAUUCCGGAGUCCGAAAGCACUUAUGAGGCGGUACUUGACUCUCUGGCGGGAUUCGUGAGGUGCAGCAAUGCAUGUGCGCAGUAUCAAAAAGUGGCAGCCAACAAGGGCGUGAAGUUUCAUCUCGGGCCACGGCAGGGAGCUGUUGAUUACUUGGUCAAAGUGAAAAGCGACCGCGAGCCGACUAAAGAUAAAGUUACAGGACUAAAGACCAAGGAUGGUGUUAUUCAUGAUGCGGAUGCCGUUGUUGUGGCUGCUGGUAGUCUCGGAACCUUUAAGAUAGACAAGAGCAACUCUGAGCUAUGGGACAAGUACUCACCGGAACGAUUUCCCGUGAUGACCUGGAAGAGCACACCACGAGACACUUCUGGAAAAGACACAGGGAGCAUUUACGUUCUACCAAGAACUCCAGAGGGCCUUUUAAAAAUUGGAUAUCGUGGAAUCAAGUGGACCAAUUUCCAGCCAGCACCGCAAGAUUCUCCAUUCACCCAGGACGGUCAAUGGUCGGUGCCUCUUCCAGCGAAGGAGUGCUCAAUAAUCCCAGAGCCUGCCUUGUAUGCGAUCAAGCAGUUUGUGUCUAUCUUCUUGCCUGAGUUUGAGAAUACGCCCCUUUUCUCUACCAAGCUAUGUUGGUACACUGACUCGUUGGACAAUUCAUCUGUGGUGAGCAUCGAGUCUAUUCUUAUCCCCGAAAUCGCUACUGAUCUGAAUUUCAACCAGAUUGAUCAUGUACCAACUUACGCAGAGAGAUCUGUCUUCGUUUGCACAGGUGGUAGUGGUCAUGGUGCAAAAUUCCUGCCGGUCCUGGGAAAGCAUGCGGCGGACAUAUUCGAGAAUGGUGAUCAAAGUUCAUCUUGUAUGCGCUCAUUCUGGCGCUGGCGCCCUGACGCACCUAGGAGAAACGGGUUGGAAGAGGGCCCCGGUGGACCACGAGAUCUUUCGCACCAGUAA